GAAAGAGCGCUUUAUUUUGUUCUCGGAAUCAACUUAAUCUCAUUUCUGAGAAUGCUUGGAGAUAGGAAAGCGACGUUACAGCUCUUUGUGUUCAGAUUCACUAAUUGCUCACUGAUGAACAGAUCUGAUGAAACGACGCUAUUUGAAUAUUGGAUUAAGUUACAAAAUGUGAAGUUGAAUAGUAACGUCAAAAUGAAAUCGCUUGGAAUUGUAGUCCAGUCAUUAUAAACUGCAGUGUUGAGGCAUUGAGCCGAUGAUUUCAGCCGGCGUGGAGGGAAGACUGCCCUAUAUGACAUACCCGGAGCCCUGGAGGGGACCCCCGAAGCAGCCACCAGAGUUGUUUCUUAGGCCCGCUCCAAAGCCUCUACCACCCUCAACUAGAUACUUCGAUACUUCAAAACCGUCAGACGUACCAACUGUAUUUCUAUCUUGCAACAGAUACAAUGGAGUUAACACCACUACCUAUCCUAACGGAACAAGGUUGGCUCCGGCACCGAGUACCAUAACCAAGUACCCUUCACCACCUUCGAUUCCGGCUCCGGUUAACCUCACGCAGAAGGAAGUCACAGAGGAAAUGCCGACGUACAGCCCCUAUCGAUUGUUUUCCCAUCCCCCGCAGUUCCCCCACUUCGCAUAUCCUGUGUGCCAGCCACCAUAUAUGAUGAGGACUAACUUCCCUGCGACACCUCUAUCGCCGAUGGAGACGUUUUCACCAACAACGCCUACGACGACGACGUUUCUUUCUCCUCCAAGCACAUUCAGUCCCCCCUCAUCUUUGAAAACUGGUCAAUCGCUGCUGAGAGAGAAAAAACUACCCCAGCAGUCAGUGGUAACUUCUACCUUGCCCACUUCUCCGUCAACUCAAUCGGGAGCCUUCAAAGUCCCUUCCGGGAAGGAGGGUUCAUUGAAGCACAGGAUUCUCACGAGGCCAGAAGAGAUCAGAAGUGGGCCACUGGACCUGCAGAAGCCACCAGAGGGUAGGAAAAGGUUGCAGGCCACGAUGUCUCCUCCUAGGUCUCCGAAGAAAACUUUAAAUAACAACACGUUACCUAGUAACUUCGCCAAAGGAUCUCUUAUUCAGUUGUUCAACGGGGAAUUGAGGAGGAUAGAGGAUAUGCGUACUGAGGAUUUCAUUAUUUCUGCCGAACGGAGCCCGGAGCUUAGAUUGGCGGAGAGUACGGUGCUGAAAAUUGAUGAAAAUCCACAGACAGAAAAUGCUACAAUUACGCUUACGUACAAUAACAGGCGCGCACAG